CUUCGCAAAGUGGCCAUGAAAAAUAUUAGUAACAUAAGUACCUUAAAUAAAAUAAGGGUUUUAUUUACCUACAGUUUAUGUGGAGACAUUAACAUUUUGCUAGUACCUAGUUCCGACGUCAUAUUACGUGCCUUCAGUGGCAAGUGUACGAGGUUCGCAACAGUAGUAGACCACAGAGGUGCGCGCGCGCAAGUUACGCCGCAGUUAUCUAGUGCAAAAGAAGAUUAUUUCGUACUUUUAUAUAUUUAUGUGGGACAAGAAUUUAGCGUGAUGAAGUGGGUGGUGCUGUGGUCGCUGCUGGCGGCGCGCGUGCUGCAUCAGCCGACGCAGCCGGUGCGCACGCGCAGCGGCCUCGUGCGCGGUGCUGUCUCCCGCGACGGCAAGCUCUUCCAGUACUUCGGCAUCCCUUACGCGACUGUUGAUGAGAGUAACCGCUUCCAGGCGCCGCUGCCACCUCCGACAUGGACGGGAAUCUUCGAGGCUGUCGACGAAAACACGUGGUGUCCUCAGAACUCCGGCGGCAUCCCCAUCGGAGAACCGAACUGCUUGAAGCUCAACGUGUACACGCCGGUGCACAUCACCAAACCUCUCCCCGUCAUGGUGUUCAUCCACGGAGGAUGCUUCUUCAGCGGCACCGGGUCACCAUUCCUCUACGGCGGCGACUUCUUGGCAGAAAAUGACGUCGUAUUCGUGGGCAUUAAUUAUAGACUCAGUGUCGAAGGUUUCCUAUGCCUCGGUAUCAAAGAAGCUCCAGGUAAUGCCGGAUUAAAGGACCAAAUAGCUGCCUUGAAGUGGAUACAGGAGAAUAUCGAAGCUUUCGGUGGAAAUCCCAACGAUGUGACGCUAUUUGGUGAAAGUGCUGGUGCCGUGUCCACUUCCCUCAUGAUUCUGUCGCCUGCUGCUACGGGAUUAUUCCAUAAAGCGAUCCUUCAGAGUGGAUCUUCAUUGGCGCCGUGGGCACUUCAGCAUGACCCUAUCGGAGCAGCUAGCGCUCUAGUCAGAAAAUUAGGAUACAAUACCAAAGACCCCAAAGAAAUUCACAGUAUUCUAGCUAGUAAAACACCCAAAGAAAUUCUUAAUGUUAUUAGAAAAUAUGAAGACAAAUUCUGUCUUGCUGAAAAAGAUCUGUUCGUUCCAUGUGUGGAAAAACCAUUAGAGGGAGUGGAGCCAGUCGUGACAGAGUACCCCGCAGAUAUCAUCAGAUCUGGCAACUACACCAAAGUGCCUAUGAUUAUUGGCUACACGGACAAAGAAGGCAUUUACUUUGUAGGAGCAGACUAUGGCACCAGUAUUAAAAAUAAUUCUGAUGCAAUAAAUCCUUUGAACACGUUGCAAUCUGAUUUAGAUUUUCCGAGCGAGUUGGACAAGAACUGCACAGCUGAGGUGAUAAAGCGUCAUUACUUCUCAUCUUACGAGGAAAACUUGAUAUUGAACAUGGUGGAUCUAUACUCUGAUGUUCACAUAAAAUUCCCGCUGGUGUUGGAGUCGGAGCUGUAUGCCAUGACGACAGACCAGCCCAUAUAUUACUAUCUGUUCCGAUACGAUGGGCUCAGAAACAUGCCGAAGAUAAUCUCAGGGUUCUGGAACGUGGUGCAGGGCGCGUCGCACGCUGACGAGCUGUUCUACCUGUUCAAGCCUCACGGGUUCCCGCUGCUGCACGCCGCGGAGAAGCACAUGAUCAGCCGGAUGGUCACCAUGUGGACUAACUUCGCUAAAUACACAGACCCCACUCCUCACCCAUCUCGUCUGACUCCGUUCCGCUGGCGUCCGUCGCGGCAGGCGAACCCUCGCGCGCUCAUCAUCGACGCCCGGGUGUCCGUCGCGCCGCUGUGGGAGGAGGCGUCCGUCAAGCUGUGGAACGACACCUACAACAAGUACAGGAGGAAACAUUACGGGGCUCAGCAGUUCCAAUACUAUGAUGAUCUGGUUUCUUUUAAUAGUUUCCAUUAGAUUUUGAAAAUAUACCUCUUUUUGUCAGGCUCAAGUUAUAGGAGAUCUAUUUUCCUAGAUCAAAAUGAUGUGUACUACAUCUUUAUCUUUCACUUAUCUAAACGAGAACAAUGGAAAAUAUUUUUUUUGAAGUAGUCUGAGGAUGUUAUGAAAUCCCUACGUCUCAUCAAUGUUGCCUUUAGAAUAUCAUCAAGAAUUAUUUUCUGUCGAGUUGUGAAAACCUUUUCUCACAGUUUAUCUCGAUUACAAACUCUUACUUGAUUAUGAAUUAUCGAUGUGGACAUUGGUCAAAUGCACGACCUUAAACUGAAGCUUUGGGGCCUGACUUUAGCUGUUGUAAAUAUUGUAAAUAAUAUUUAAGUAAAUUGUAAGUUUAAUAAGAUAAUUUUAGUUUUGGGGAGGUAAAAGAGGUGACAGGAAAGGGAAUGGCGUGGGAACAUCUCGAUCUCUAGUCUAGAUCAGAGAGGGAAAAUUAAGCUUUAUAUAAUUUGCACUACUGUUUAUUAUUAUUUUUUAUUUAUUUAUUUUAUUUUAUUUUUUAUUAAUAUUACUGUUACAACAAGAAAACUGAUAAAUUAAGCAAGCUGUUUGUUCAGAAUGAGUUUUUCAGAGGCGUUGCUUUUGUAUCAGGAAAAAUAAUACACAAUCGCGUACCUGAGCUAGAAAAACUAAAUCUCUCUGGCUAAAAUAUAAGGCUAUUUUUAUUCUUAUUUAUUUAUUUUAAUUAAAACGAAUGAAUAUCGUAUCGUUAUAUUAUAAUUAGGUUGAACCUCCAUAAUUUUGUUUAGUUACGCUUGAUCUAAACUGUUCAUAAAUCUCGGCAAUUUCUGAAAACUUUUUUUAAUUUUUUAUUUGGAAAUCGAAUUCUUGCAUAACCUAAUGCUUUUUAAAUACAUAGUAGAAAUAUUAUUAACUUUCUUUUUUGUUUUGAUUUAGAACAAGCGCAAAUAAAAAAGGUUCAGUUGAAUUAUUUUUAGUAAUAAGUUAGUAAGUUUGUGUGUGGUGAUAAAAAUCUAGUCUAAUGAAGUCGACUAGUUUUCUAGUGAGAAACAAUUGCAAUAAUAAGCUAAGUAAACGUACAGAGAUAGGUUUCAUACCCAUGUGAGUUGUAAGUUAAAUAUAUAUAAUCUUUACAAUUUGCUGGUUGAAUUGGUUAGAUGACAUUAUUGUGAUUUUUGGUGUGAUAUUAAAAUAAUAAAUGUGUACCUACAUAAAGAGUCAUUACUUAUUUCAAC